GUCACUGAAGAGGAUUUGGGAGAGGGCGGGGGGGGAAUGAACUCGCCGAUCUCCGAUUGGGUGUCCUGGCUGCCACUCCCCAGGCUCUGAGGGCGGGUAUAACUGCUCGCUCGGUGAUUUGACGACCGCCUCGUCAGUCCCUGUCCUUUCGGUGGCGGGAUUGGAGGGGAUGCCUCGCGUGGGCGGGCUCAGGCCCGCGGUGGCAGGGAAGCGGCUGCUGGUGCAGCUGAGAGUGGGCCCGGCUGGCCGGUGGUGGCUGCCUGUGGGGCCGGGAGGGGCGCGGCUGAGGAGCGCGGAGAGCGGCUUCUAAUGAAACCACGGCCGGGACUAGAGGAAUCGUUGAACCCUUCCUUGGUGGAAACCUUUGACUCUUCAAGUUUCCUUCAGGAAGCUUCUCAAACCAGGAGGAGGGGGAGAAGCAGCAACCAACUAUCAGAGAAUACACCCUGCUCUGGAAGCAGGGUGGGGAAUCAGGAAGGCUAGUGGAAGUGACUGCAUGUGGACUUUUGAGACAAAAUGCUUUCUCUGAAGAAAUAUUUCACUGAAGGACUCAUCCAAUUCACCAUUCUACUCAGCUUGAUAGGUGUUCGUGUGGACGUGGAUACCUACCUGAACUCGCAGCUUCCCCCUCUGAGGGAAAUCAUUCUGGGCCAGAGCUCUGCUUACACUCAGACCCAGUUCCACAACCUGCGGAACACCUUGGACGGAUAUGGCAUCCAUCCGAAAAGUGUAGACCUGGACUAUUAUUUUACAGCCCGCAGGCUUCUCAACCAGGUGAGGGCCCUGGACAGGUUUCAGGUGCCUACCACUGAAGUAAAUGCCUGGUUGGUGCACAGAGACCCUGAAGGUUCUGUGUCCAGUGCCCAGCCCAGCCCAGCCAUCGCCCUAGAGAACAGCAGUGGCCUGCAAGAUGGGACCAAUCCUGACAACGGCAUGAGGGAGAAUGGACCUGAGCAAGGAUUUGGUGAAGAAUUGGAAGACCUAGGAGCAGUGGCUUCUCCAGGAAAUGGAGACUUGACCAAAGAGGACAUCGAUUUGAUUGACAUCCUGUGGAGACAGGAUAUUGAUCUCGGCGCUGGGCGAGAGAUUUUUGACUACAGCCAUCGCCAGAAGGAGAGCGAAGUGGACAAAGAACUGAGUGAUGGGAGGGAGCACGCGGACAGCUGGAGGAGCGGAGGGAACGAGACCCUGGAUAGAAACCUGCUAGUUGAUGGAGAGACAGGGGAGAGUUUCCCUGCACAGGUGCCUGGCGUGGUGGAUCAGACGGCCCUGUCGCUGGAGGAGUGCCUUAGGUUGCUGGAAGCCACCUUCCCCUUUGGGGAGAACUCUGAGUUUCCAGCUGCGGAUGCCUCCCACCUAAACGAAGCUGUGCCUAGUGAAAGCGAGUCCUCUGUUAUCCAGAGCGGCCUCCUGUCUCCUCUUCUGACGGAGACAGAGUCCACAUUCGAUCUGGAGCAGCAGUGGCAGGAUCUUAUGUCUAUAAUGGAAAUGCAGGCUAUGGAAGUGAACAACACAACUGCUGAAAUCCUGUAUAAUGGCACAAAUGGAGACCUGCUGACUGCUAACUACAGUCUAGCUCCAAACACUCCCAUCAAUCAGAAUGUCAGCCUGCAUCAGGCAUCUCUGGGUAGCUGCACACAGGACCUCUCCUCCCUCUUCAGCUCAGAGAUCGAGAGCCCCUCCAUGGCUAGCAGCUCAGCCCUGCUCCAGCUGGCUCCUGACAACUCCACGGGCCUCAACACCACCUUUGGAUCUACCAACUUGAGUGGCAUCUUCUUCCCUCCGCAGGUGAAUAGCACAGUCAAUGAGACAACUGGCCCUGAGCUACCAGAUCCAUUAGGGGGUCUUCUAGAUGAAGCCAUGCUUGAUGAGAUCAGUUUGAUGGACUUGGCUAUUGAAGAAGGUUUCAACCCAGUGCAAGCCUCUCAGCUGGAAGAAGAGUUUGAUUCUGACUCAGGGCUUUCUUUGGACUCUAGCCAUAGUCCUGCUUCUUUCAGUAGCUCAGAAGCCUCCUCCUCUUCCUCCUCCUCUUCCUCCUCCUCCUCCUCCUCUUCUUCUUCCUCUUUUUCUGAGGAAGGAGCUGUAGGCUACAGCUCAGAUUCUGAAAAUGUGGACUUUGAAGAAACGGAAGGGGCAGUUGGAUACCAACCGGAGUACAGCAAGUUCUGCCGCAUGAGCUAUCAAGACCCAUCCGAGCUACGCUACUUGCCUUACUUGGAGCAUGUUGGUCACAACCACACUUACAACAUGGCACCUGAGAGCAAGGAGAAGCAAUCUGACUUCCUGGAUAAGCAGAUGAGCCGGGACGAGCACCGAGCUAGAGCCAUGAAAAUCCCUUUCACCAAUGACAAGAUUAUAAAUCUGCCAGUGGAGGAGUUCAAUGAACUUCUCUCCAAGUACCAGCUCAGUGAGGCACAGCUGAGCUUGAUCCGGGACAUCAGGCGGAGGGGCAAGAAUAAGAUGGCUGCCCAAAACUGCCGCAAGAGGAAACUGGACACCAUCCUGAACUUAGAACGGGAUGUGGGAGACUUGCAGAGGGACAAGUCCAAACUGCUCAGGGAGAAGGUGGAAUUUCUCAAGUCCAUUCGCCAGAUGAAACAGAAGGUGCAAAACCUGUACCAGGAAGUGUUUGGGCGCCUGCGUGACGAGAAUGGCCAGCCCUACUCUCCAAAUCAAUACUCCCUACAGUAUGCCAGCGAUGGCAGUGUUAUCUUGAUACCUCGCGCCUUGGCAGACCAGCAGGCCAGGCGGAAGGAGAGGAAACAGAAAGACAGGAGGAAGUGAGCUAGGGGGAGGAGGAGGGAGCUCACUAAAGUUAGAAACUGGAGAAGGGCUGAGCCUGGAAGUACUAGAGGAACUUUCAUGCCUUCUUAUCCAAUAUAUCUUCUCAAACAUGACUGCUGCCGGUCAGUGUACAGGAAGAGACUGCUGCACGUGGAGGGUGCAGGACCUGCACUUUGAAUUUCUGAUGGCUCCCGUCAGGGAGUGACCAGGGAGGAACAGAUAGUGAACUGGGCAAGCCCAGCUCCCUCUACAACUUGGAAUCCUUUUGAGUAUGGGGAAUAAGCUGGCAUCCUUGGUGGUGAGAAUCUACAGAAGAUGGAGAAACUACUGUUUAGGAACGGGCUUUAAAAAAGAUUUAAGCAAAUGAACUUAAAGUUAUAGGAGAGACAUUUUUCUGAACUUCCAAAGUUCUGUGACUUCAGGUAGUUUUUUUUUUUUGUUUUUGUUUUUAUUUUUUUUUGUUUCUGAACCAGUUUUGACAUUGGUGUGUGAUAAAACCUGACUUAAUUCCAGAUUAACCAAUUUCCCUUCCUAGAUCAGACCAGUGCACGCAUGGAAACACAAAGUGGUGUGUUUUUCAUUAACUCUUUCCAGUCUGAGGAUCCUUAGAUGGGGCUAGGAGAAGUGGGAGAGCUCUUAUCUUACCAUCUCUAGAGCUGUUAAUCCUCAUGUGCAGUGGACCUUAGCAGCUGCACUACAGCUUUGGGGUCGGUGGAUCUGGAAAGGGUUAAUAGAACCAAUGUGAUGAUGUAUCCCCCACGAAACUCGGAGCAUGUCACUGCCAAUGAGCCAGCACCAUGGCGUUAGAUGAUGGCAAGCAGUAGCCUGCAUGCAAACACUGUCUUCUCCCACUGACUGGCUGAGGAACCAGGGUGGAAAGGGGUGGGUGGACUUGCGUCUAAAGCUUGUCUGCAACCAGUUCCUUUCCAGCUGCAGAAGCUUGGGGAGCUGGCUGCUGGAUGGCCUGAAAGGAGACGUAUGUGGGGUUGGGGUGUAGCAAUUCUGGUUGGUAUAGAGCACAAUAGGGGGAGCGGAAGGUUCCUACCCCAUGAAGUGGGCUUGUCACUUAUUAGAAAUAGACAUCUGUUAGGAUUCCUGUUUCUCAACCAUGCUUUGUUUUUUAGGUCUUCAGCUCUGUUUUCCCAAUAAGCUCUAGAGCGCUUGUGUUGAGUAAAAGAGAGAAGCCCCAAUGUUCAAAGCUGCUCAGUGUUCUCUUUGCCAUAAAGACUCAGUGUACCCGUGUGUGAUCACAUUAUAGGAGUCUCUUCUGUCCCUAGGUGUUGGUCUGACUUCCUUUGUUUUAAGAAGGGGGGUGGGGGUAGUGCCUUGAUCGCUGCUGGUCUUGGUCUGUAAGACUGAGACAAUCCUAGAAGCUGUAUUUACAAUAUAGCACAGCUGGGCGUGUACUGACUUUACCAGCAACUGAAAAGCAAAAUGGCUUUCCUAGCCAGUCCUGUGCAUGUCAGAUGGUGUGAGGGCAUAGCACUGAAUGGAGAAUGUGCAUCCUGUGGAGGACUUGGGGAGGGAGGCAGUAUCUGCAGUGAAAGUAACCUUGCAAUGAAAAGUGAGAGCAAAGGUCUGCUGUAAACAGCCUGGAGAAGUCUAAUUUCAUAUUCUAGUACUGCAAAAGAAGACAUCUGUCUAAAAUGUGUAUUCCAGGCUAUUUUAAAAGCAGCUGCAUCUUGUCGGAGUGCAUCACGAUGAGAACUCUAGGGCACUUGGUUAGUAUAGUCACUGUGCCAUGAUCUCAUGCUGAACAGCAGGAGAUGGACUUGCUAGGACCAAACAGGUCUCUUCCAUCUUUAACUUCUGUGAUUCAAUGGCUUUACUUUCUUAUAUGCAUGAGAUGAAGCACAAGUAGUGAAGAUGUAGCUGGGUGCAGGGAGGUUGGAAUGGAGCCCUGAGUGUAUGUUUUAAAUUAUUUUCCUCUUAGAACCUUUAUUUUAAUGAUCUGUGACCUGUCAGGGAGAGAAGAGAGAUUGUGAGCGCACAGGACAAAAAUAAAAUGGCUUAUUCGCUGUA